CAAUCCUGUGGCUUUCAAUACCUUUGCCGUACCUCUCUACUGCAGUUGGUUUCUCUCUCGCUCUAUCCCUCUCUCUCUCUCUUUCUACAUUUGUCUCUGCUUUUCGAUCAGCCACUGUGAGUUGUUAAGCUCAGAUUCACAAAACCCUAGCCAUCUUCUUUCCGCUAUAUUCAUAGCAUCUUCAAUUGCAAUCAUGAGCAACGAAGAAGAAAAGAGAUGCCCUCUCUGCGCAGAAGAGAUGGACUGGACGGAUCAGCAAUUGAAGCCUUGUCAAUGUGGUUACCAGGUGUGUGUUUGGUGUUGGCAUCACAUAAUGGACAUGGCAGAGAAAGACAAGACAGAGGCACGAUGUCCUGCAUGUCGGACAUCCUAUGACAAGGAAAAAAUUGUAGGGAUGGAAGCAAAUUGCGGAAGGUUGGUGACCGUCAAUACGAAUCGAAAACAUAAACCACAGAAGGCAAAGCCAAAAACAAAUGAAGGGCGAACGGACCUUACCAAUGUUAGAGUAAUUCAGCGGAAAAUGACAUAUGUCAUUGGGCUUCCUCUUAUUCUAGCUGAUGAAGAUCUCUUGCAGCGAAAGGAAUAUUUUGGUCAGUACGGAAGGGUGUCCAAAGUUUCCCUAUCUCGAACGGCAAGUGGGGCUAUUCAGCAAUUUAUUAACGACACUUGUAGUGCAUAUAUUACUUACUCAAAAGAGGAGGAGGCCAUUCGAUGUAUUCAGUCAGUGCAUGGUUUUGUCCUGGAAGGUAGGUAUUUAAGAGCAUCAUUUGGGACUGCAAAGUAUUGCCAUGCAUGGUUGAGAAACAUGCCUUGUACAAAUCCUACUUGUUUAUAUUUGCAUAACAUUGGUGCUGAAGAAGAUAGCUUCAGUAAAGAUGAUGUAGCUGCAGUGCAUACAAGGAAUAGAGUUCAACAAAUUGUUGGUGCUACACAAUAUAUGCAACGGCGUUCAGGAAAUGUGUUGCCUCCACCAGUGGAUGAGCCUUUCAGUAUCAAUUGUGUUUCUACUGGAAAAGAAGUUGUCAAAAGUGGCUCAAAAGAUGCAGCCCUUACUGCAGUAACUUCGAAUGGUCACUUGGCCUGUUCGCUUUCAUCAUAUAAAGAUAAAGAUGGAAACGGUAAACCGCCUAACAAAAUGACUAGUUUUGUAGAUAUAGUUGGACGGCCUUGUAUUUCUGUUCCAGAAAAAGAUUGGGAUGGUGCUGAAGAUACAAAGACCGUGAACUUAUGCUCUGAGUUGUCUUCAGUAACCAUUCAUACUGACAGUAAUCUCGUGGCUGAACACUCUGAUGCUAUGCCCAGUAAAAUUGAUGCUAUGCCAUGUAAAAUUUCAUCUUCCACUCAUCUUCCCACUGGACUGCCGGGGAAGAAAGAGGCUCAAGGAUAUUCAAUGGAACCAUUUAGGGAACCUUUAAAUUUGUCAGCAUCAGGGAGAGCUGAUUUAAGACCCAGUGAUGCGUGCUUUACAAAUGAACAAUCAUUUUUUAUGUUUGAUUCCGGAAGAUCAAUAUCGCAUUGUUCGCGUAGUGAUGUAAGAGAAGAAUUAGUAUCUUCUGAUGAUCAAAGAUCGAAGGAUUCUGAUAGCUCAAGCCAAACCGGUUGUCUAUUUCCUUCAUCUUAUCCUGUUAAAGAUCAUUCUAUUAAUCAUGCUUGGCAGCAUAAAGAGACCUGUAGUUUAGGUGAUUUCGAUGUAGAUGGUUGCACUGUAAAUAAUCAUGUGGAUGAAGCUUCUAUACAAGUUACACCUCUAAAUUCAAUACCAAUCGAUGGAUAUGAUGAGAGGAAAUUCCAAAAUUCUGCUGAAUCAGAUAGGAUUUUUAGAAGUUCGAAUUCGUUCUCCAAUGAAGAAAUCAUCGAGCAGUUAAGAAGACUUGAUAAUGAUAACUCGGCCAACGAUGAUAAUUUGGCUUUAAAUGCAGUGGAGAGCAGCAUAAUUUCAAAUAUUUUGUCCAUGGAUUUUGAUGCGUGUGAUGAUUCCUUGACCUUGCCUCACAGUUUAGCUGAAUUAUUUGAGGACACUGACAGGCAUCAUGGUUCUUCCUGGAAUUUAAAUAAUAGCGACCAGUCUGGGUUCUCAUUUGCAAAACAAAAGGAUUUUGUGAACCAAGUAACUGAUUUGGAGUCAUCAUCUCUCAGUAGCAUUGGCCACACGUCAAAAAAUUAUUCUGCUUUUCAAGGUUCUGUGCAAAACAAGGAAAGCUACUUCUGUAAGCCUCAGCAUCAUGUGUCCAGGGCUCAAAGUUUGACUCCCCCGGGAUUUUCAAUGCCAUCGAGACAGCCACCUCCUGGGUUUUCUGCAAGUGACAGAGCUGACCAUGUUCUCAGUGCUCCCUCUGGGAAUCACUUUGCUAAAACUCCCUCCCUGCAAAACAAUCAGCAUUGUGCACUAUCAACAGGAAAUAUCGGCCACGUUGGUGAUUUUGACUUCACUGAUCCUGCCAUAUUACUUGUUGGUAGAGGCAAGCCUACAAAUGGUUUGAAUGUUAAUCCAGGCUUUGAUAUGAGGCUAGCUUGUAAUCCACAAACUAGUGCAUACGAAGAGCAGGCAAAACUUUGGCUUAUGAUGCAGCAGCAACAAUCUACAGCUGCUGCACAUCAGGACCCAAAAAUUUCUCAGUUUUUCAUGCAAGAGUCCCCAUUUGCACAUCAGGAACUGAGGCAUCCUGCUCGCUUUGGGGAUGGGUUUUCUCCCUUGGGUGAUACUUACGGAAUUUCUCCAAGGUUUGCGGACCAACACCUGGCUUAUAAUCCAUCCGCCUUCACCCCAAUGUCACAGCAGAAAUUUGGAAAUGUACAAAUGUCAAAUAGCUUUCAGCCCACUUUGGAAGAGCUCCAACGUAGAAAUGAAAUUGGCAUGGCAGAGCUUCAGAGAAACGAGAGAUUAGGAUUCAACAAGUUCUUUCCGGGGUAUGGAGAUUUAAUGUUACAGAUGCCGAAUUCAGGCGAUGUAUACAGCAAAGUGUAUGGGAUGUAAUUCUCGUUUCUUGUUGAAAAUGAAUCUGUCCUUUUGACCUUAUUAGCCAUGUAGAUUCAGUAAGAUGGAAAUUUCUAUGGUUAAAAAUGAUUGAUGAUACAUUUUAGCAGGAUUGUCACAUUACUGUUUGUUGCAGCUGUCUCUCUUUCAGGAGCUCAAAAACGGAUCCUGCUUUUGUAAAUCGGAUAUUAUUGAAGAUUGUGAAGAAGGAAUCAUCUGUUUGGAAA